UUUCGUUACCACAGCAAUCCAUGGAUCAAAUCGUGGAAGAAACAUCAGAUGUGUUCAUCAAACAGGAAGGCAUAAUUCGAAUCGCCCAGAAUGUUAGGAAUAGGUGCGCGCGGUUUUGAAAAUCGAUUCGAGUGUCGUGAUGCGAUCUCGUUUCAAGAGAAUUUAGAAAAGGAAUAAUUGAUUACACAAUCGAUAAGAAAAUAAUAUUGAAUGAAGGAAUAAAGAAAACAAAGAGAAGAAGCAUUAACUGUUUUUAUAUUAAGCAUUCAUUUUCCGAGAAAAAUGAUUUAUGAAGAAAUUUAUUCUACGUAUAAGCUACCUAACUUUAUUCAACAUUAUUCAACAAAAAUAUCAGACGACUUGACAUCGUUUCACUGUCAAUAAUACGCAAUGUUUGAAAAUAAAAUAAAAAUUAUUUCCUGCCGAAUAAAAACAAGCUUCUUCUUAGAAUUUCCAUUGUAAAAGAAGUAUCACUAAUAUUUUAAUUGAUUUACGUAGGUGCUAAUGUAUCUGGAUGAAGUUAUACAAAAUGGAGCUAAUAUCGAAAGAGUCACGAGCAAGUUCACAAGAUAUUACUUGUAUCCCGACAUCAACGACGAUACAGCGGCGGAUUGGAUCUUUGUCUUGCACACAUUGAAUUUUUCACUCUGGUCACCGAAAGGUACCGAUCCAUGGACUGUUAAGGGAUUUACUGGAUUCUUGGCACUCUGCGCUGCAAUGGAAAGAGCCAUUAUGGAAGGAAAGCCUGUAUGGAACCCUAAAUAUUACAAGGAACUUUUUCAAAAACCAGAAGAUGUCGAAAUUUUUUUUCGAAGUGAUAACGGGACUUGUAUUCCGAUGUUAAAAGAAAGGCUUGAUCUUUUGCAUGAGAUUGGAAAUAUUUUAAUUGAAAAUUAUGAAGGCACUUUUCUAACAUGUGUCAAAUUGUGCAAAAAGGGGAAUGAUUUGCUGAAAUUGCUUAUCAAUUUUCCUUCAUAUCAUGAAAACAUGUUGCAAUACAAAGGAAAGAGAGUUAUUUUCUAUUUGAAGGCUACUACACUGAUGAUUGAUUUAUUGUGCUUCUUUAGCAAACAUAAAGCAGUCAAAAUUGAAGCAACAUUCGGACUUUCUUCGAUGCUUAUCGAUUUUCGCGUUAUUCAAAUUUUUCUUAAUUUCAAUGCUCUUAGCUAUUCCGAUAGGCUCCAGAAAAAAAUCGAAGAAAACGAUACACUGGAAUUUGAGAGCACAGAGAAUCUGGAAAUAAUCGCUUGCGCGUGCGUUAUAAGAUCUCAGCUGCGGGUCAAAUUUAUAGAAUUAUGUGAAAUGUAUAAAAUAAUGAAUCCUGAUAAAAAGAGCCUGAUAGAAGAAAUACCCUUUUAUAAAUAUAAUACCUUAAUCGACAAUUUCUUGUGGGACUUUCGGUAUGUGCACGACGAAUAUUUGAUGAAGAAUGUGCUAUUGCACAAUGUUAGAAGUGUAUAUUUUUAGAACAUUCUUAGAUCGUCAUUAAUCUGCGAAUGAUCACGCUGACUCAUAAAGAACAAUAACUUUUUUGUCAUGAUUUGUCUUUUAACUGUUUUUACCAUAUUUGAUACUGAAAAAAAUAAUUCGUUCUAGAAACCAAAUUUUUUUGCGGUGAUAAGACAAUCUGAAAUAUAUACACAACAAAACUACACUGUACAAAAUUUUAGUUUAAUAUUAGAACUAUUAUGGUGAGUAAUUUUAUAUUAUAGUGAGUAAAUUUGAGACCAACUAUUAUACGGGUAAAUUUUCACGCAUUUGCGAACUUAAUUUCUUCUAAUCUAAUUAAAAAUUGCAAAAGUUAAUUUACAAUAGAAUAUA